AUGGAAAUGUCGGACUUAACUGAGUGUAUACGUGACAAGUUAAACCAACUCCGUCGAGAGAAGCAAAGACGUUACGAGCAAAUAUGCCAACAGCUAGACCAGGAAAUUCACCAGAAAACUGCUCAUUCCCGUGAAUUAUAUCUUAAAUUCGAACAGGCCGUUACCCACUAUCAAAAAGAGUCUGAAGCGCCAUUUGAUUUUGAUGAUGAUGAUUCGCAGAAAGAUGACGUGAGCGAGGAGGAGGAAGAAGUAGAUAGUGAUGAUGAGAAUCAUGGAAGAAAUGGUUAUGGAGAAGGAGUCGUAUAUGGGAGGAGAAGGGAUGAAGUAGGGGAUGAAAACGGAGGACUAGAGAGCAUAGUUAGUAUUGGAAAUUUGGUUAAUAGAGAAACUCCUAUGGUGAUGGAAGCUGAGGAGGAUAUGGAUGGAGGAAAGAGGGCGAAUGAAAGAUCAAGGACAAACGAUAGACUGUCCGGACAACAAAUCCCCUUGGCUGACAGAAGCACUGAUAGAUUGGGAAAUAACAUCAGGAAACUCGAAGCAAAGCCUAAGCGAUCUUCUCGAGAGAAUAGAAUCCGUACUGCACAUAAUAAAUGUUUGGAAUUGAAGAGUCAGAGUGAACUCGUAGAAGAGUCUUUGACCAAGGCGAGGGCUAGGCUAUUGUUUGCGCGUGAAGACUAUCAACGCUCGCUCCAUGCCUUUGACGAUCUUGAAAACGAAUUGACCUCAAUCUCUCAAACAUUUGAAGAGACGCAAAAGCGUGCAUUGGAACAGUUCUUUGCUGGUCUCAAUGACAAGGACGUAGAUGUUUAUGAAGCACAUCGCAAGUUCCAUGAAUCGGCUACCCAGGAAGCUUUGGAAAGACGAGGCAGAAAAAGAAAAGAAAUAGAAGAGUUGCAGGCGCAAGUGAGAGGGGCAAAGAGGAUCAAGAAUGCGGCGUUGCUGACCUCUGUGGUUGCUUUGGCUCCGUGGAUUGGUGCAAUGGCUUUAGGAUUAUGGGAGAAGUUUUUGAUAUUGCAAGGACAGUUGGGCGAGUAA